AUGGGCAAACCCAAACCCAAACCGAGAAAACAACCAAAUGAUGAAAAACCGAAGACGAUUUUGGACAAAAUCAAGAACAAUAAAUUGAAAUUCAGUUUAUUGCUCAUAUUAAUCAUUCUACCAUGUUUAUUUCUUCCGAUUUCGAUUUAUUUCACAGUGAAAGAUUCUGAUGUUCAAUUUGUUGAGAGUGAUAUGCAAAAAACAGCCAAGGGUACGUUUUUUUCAGAUUUGAUGUUUUUAUAGUUAAAUCUUUGUUUUAGAUGUUGAUCAACGAUUGAAAAAAAUUCAAAAUACAGUUCCGGACAAAAUUGAUGAAUUAGAGGUGUUAUAUUUGCAACAAUCGCGCGGAUUUUUUGAAAAAUAUCGAGAAAAACUUGGAGUGAAGCAACUCAAAAGUGUAAGACAAAUGAUAAUUGAUUUUAAUGAGUCAAUUAUUUUUGCAGAUUAAUGCUAUUGAGGAUGGCGAAGUUCAGAAUAUUUUUGAUAAAAUAAAUUCAGCGGAUGUGAAAAAAUGUGAUGAUAUCGCAAAAAAUAUGGAUGAAAAAACAUUCAAGGAUAUAUUCUCGAAUUCGAAAAAAUCAACAGAUUCUCUAAAGCGUUAUGUUACACUUGGUUCAGCAAAAACGAAUUGGGAUUUAAUUGCUGAUAAAGAAAAUGAAAAAUAUGGAAUAUUAACGAGGAAAGUUAUCACUGAGCAUUUGAAAACUAUCAAGGAUAUAUUGAAAUUGUUUUUGGAAUAUGCUAAAGAAAAAGUGAGGAAUCCUGAUGUUGAGAAAUAUGAUAAACAGAGAGAUCAAUGGAAAAACACAAAAAUAUGGAACCAUACCAGUUUAUUUGUGUUUUCAAUAGUAGGAGCUAUACUAUAUUGGUCUUUAGUCGUCACAAGAUGUCUGUUUGUAUCUGAUAAAAUCUCGAAGAAUUUAUACAAAAUAUCAAGUUAUAUUCAAUUAGCAUCUGCAAUCGUUUUUCUGAUUAUUUUGCUUAUUUUUACAAUAUUAUCAUUUACAUCAACUGGAAGCUUUGAAUAUUCAUGUAAUAUUAGCGCUGAUUUUGAUUCCGGAAACACCAGCAGCAUUUGGUAUACUUUCAAUAGAGAGAAAAUUAGUGAGAGGUUUGUUGAAAUUAUGAGAAAUUUAUAAAAUAGGUUUUAUAAAAAAAUUUCAGGAAAAUCACAUCAGUUUGCGAAAGUUCGAAUAACAAAGUUUUGGAUGAAUUGGGAAUGAUGACAAAUGAAAAAACAGUGAUUUCCAAUCUGGACAAAUAUCAAGCAACUAUUGAAAAUUUAAUGACUAUUAUUACGAAUCCUGCAUUUGAAAAAUUGUCCGAAACUUUUGGAAAGAAUUUGAAUAAAAUGAAAGAUGUGAAUGAAAGAAUGAAGAAGAUCGAGAGCGGAACUUGUGCCAGUAAAAUAAUCAUAGAACAAUUGAAAUAUUCUCGGGGUCCACUUAAGAAUUUGAUCACAGAAAGUGAUGAAAUUUGGAAGAUUGCAAAUGAAAUUGUUGUGAAAUGGAAAGGCGAGGCACCCAACAUGAAAGCGGAUUUGAAAGAAAAUGGAGAAAAACUAAAGAAGUUGUCUCUGAGUUUGUCCGCAUCAUUAAAUGUUAGUUUGAUUCAAUUGAUCUUGUUCAAAAUGUUCCUUGUUUUCAGGAAAUUCUCGAGAAAAGUGAUAUAAGUUGUUCAAACUUCAAUGGAAAUGCUGAUGAAUUUUGUGGAAUCACUGUUCAAAAAACUUCAAUGACUUAUCCAAUCACAUAUUUAUCGCUUGCAGUGGUGUUCAUCAUAUUUAUCAUUAUUUGUAUUCUGCUUAUGCUUGAUUUGAGUGAGAAAAAAUCCGCGAAAAAAGAUGAAAAACCGAAGAAAAAGGUAACCGAAGGCUUCACAGGAGUUACUGCAAUUACAAUUUGAAGUAUAAACUGUAAAAUGAACUGACUGUGCAGAAACUAUAAACACUACUUUUUCAAAAUUCAAAAAAAAACCGUAGGGUCAACCUACAUAAUUAUCUAUUUUUAGAACUUUUUAAAAUCAAAUGAAGCAUAUUUGGUUUUAUCUUCCACGAUAGAAUUUGUGUGGGAGGAUAUAGACAAAAACAGUUCGAAAAAGUGCACUCCAGAAACUAUAAAUUUUCAGGGAAAAAAGAAAAAAAACAGGCGCCUAAGAUAUAAGGACCACACCGGAAAGUUGUGUUAUUAUCUCGUAACUGAGGAAUUAAAAAAGAAACAUGAAACUAAUAAAGCAGAUUCGAAAGCAGAAGAAGCGAAAACGAAUCUUGCAAUUGAAAAAAUGGUUGCCGAGCCAAAUAUUAAAUUCAAAAACGAAUAUCAGCUUGCGGAUAUUGAGAAAAUGUUUGGGAAAAUAUCGAGAAAUGAAGAGCCGGAAGAACUUGUGGUAUUGGACAAAGUCACUUAUGAACCAUCGAUGAACGAGAUGUUCAAUUGUGAUUAUGAGCAUGAUGAGAUUGAAGAGACGAGCAAUCGUUCGGUAUCCAGAACAAGUAAUUAUUCAACAUCAACAACCAAAACUAAAACUUGUACAACUGAACAAUAA